CGAGUCCAAAUGUUGCCCAAUCGCUGGUGUGUUUCGUCAAGGUGUCUCGACGUGCAAGCGGCGUCUGAUUGGCUGGGAGUUUCAGGUCGUGCCGGACUCGGCAGUCGGUCCAGCUCGCUCGCAAGUCGUGUCACUCUGAAGAAAACAUGGCUGAAACAGGAGAUGCUCAUUGUGUGGCAGUGGCUGAGGACAAUUUGGAUGCCUUCAACCUGUUUUCAAAGAGGAAGAAUCCAUCAAAUGCAGAGAGUAAGCGAGCUGAGGAAACAGACUCGCUACCCAUCAGCAAGGCGUCAGCCUGCAACCCGUAUCACUACAAGAUGGACUACCCACACAUGGGACUCUGCCUGAUUAUCAACAAUAAGAACUUCGACAGCAGCACAAAGAUGAGCACUCGUAACGGGACGGACCUCGACGCUGCUUUUGCCAUGAAGACUUUUUCUGAACUUGGUUACACUCUGAAAAUGGCCACUGAUCAGACUGUAAAGCAGAUGAAGAGUCUCAUGCUAAGCGUAUCCCAAGAGGACCACAGCAAGAGUGCAUCAUUUGUGUGCGUGUUGCUGAGUCACGGCGAAGAGGGUUUGAUUUAUGGGACCGAUGGAUUUGAAAUGCUUGAAAACCUGACAAAACCUUUUAAAGGGCAUCGCUGCAGGUCUCUGGUGGGAAAGCCAAAGCUGUUCUUUAUACAGGCAUGCCGUGGCUCAGAACUGGAUGAGGGGAUCGGCAUCCAAACCGACAGUGUGGAGGAGCAAACAUCAGAGAGAAUUCCUGUGGAGGCCGACUUCUUGUAUGCCUAUUCCACAGCUCCAGGCUAUUACUCAUGGAGGAACACCCAAAAUGGUUCUUGGUUCAUGCAGGCACUGUGUGAGCUGUUGCAUCGUUUCAAAGGAGAGUUGGAACUGAUGCAGAUCAUGACUCGGGUCAACCACAAGGUGGCGAUGCACUUCGAAUCCAGCUCCAACCUUCCCGGUUUCACCGGCAAGAAGCAGAUUCCCUGCAUUGUCUCGAUGUUAACCAAAGAUCUUUACUUCCCGAAAUGAACUGAUACUGAUAUAGUGUGAACAUUACAGAGCAGUGGCAAUUUUUAAAAAAAUCAGGCUAUGAACUCGAGCACUAUCAAAAUGCUUCUGCAUUUUCAUUUUAAGCUAGGCAUUGAUCAAGUUUUACCUAUUUGUCUUUUUACAACAAUUUGUGCUUUAAAGGAAAAUUAGUGGUGUAUUCUGUUUUUUUUUCCGUCACUAUCCAGUUUGAACAUUUCACCACACAAUUUAAAGAACUUGCAUUAGGAUCCCAAUACAGUGAGUCAAGGGUUUUUAUUUUAAGGGAGGGGGUGGGGCACAAGUGGUGGUGGAUAUAAGGUCUUUAAAACGAAUCUUGUGCAAUUCCUGUAUGUACCCAUGACGACGACAUGCCGUUUUCACACAGAAAAGUGUCUGGCAACACCUUCUCUCAGUUUCCAAACCUGUGCUGUCCAAUAAAAUGUUAGAAAUGUAUUUUCUGUGCUCCAGACAAAUCGUGCAUUAAUAACUGAAAAAAAUAAAGAUGUGCAGACUGA